CCGGAAGGGGCCGGACCAGCUGGCCGUUUGAACGCUUGGCGGGCGCCGCUGGACGGAGCAAGAAAAACACACAAUGACCAGCACCCUUGAGAGCAGCUGCCACCCGGUGGAGGAGCAGAGAGCCCGGUGGGAGAGGAAGCGCUGUCGGACGGCUAAGGAACUGGUGGAAACAGAGCAGCAGUAUCUGGAGCAGCUGGGCUUGGUAGCCACGUACUUUGUGGCCAUCCUGAAGGCCAAAGGGACUUUGAAGCCAGCUGACCAGGAAGCUAUCUUCGGGUGCCUGGAGUCCAUCUGCUCUGCCAGCCGGACUCUGCUUUUCCAUCUGGAGGGAGGUCGCUUGGGGCUUGGCCUGGAGGGUUUCUGCCACCAGCUGGUUCUCUACGUCUGCUAUGCUGAAAACCUGGAAAAGGCCCAGAGCACCUUGGAGAGGCAGGUGCGGAAGAACAAACCCUUUUCCCGCUUCAAGAAGCUCCAGGAGUCCCGGCCAGAGUUUGGGGGCCUUUGCCUGGAACAGCUGCUCCCGCUGCCCCUCCAGAGGCUCUCUCAGUACAGGCACUUGCUGAAGGAUUUGGUAGGAAAUACCCACCCAGAAAGCUCUGACUUUAAGCAGCUGACAGGAGUUCUGAAGUCUGUCUCUGAGGCAUAUCACCGAGUCCAGGAAAUAUCUCGUUGCCGUGAGAACACCAAUCAGAUGCGCCGGGUUCAGAAGCUGCUUAAGGGACAGAAGACCCAAAUUCUGGCUCCAGGGCGCUGGUUUCUCCGGGAAGGCUGGCUAACGGUGGUGCCCCCCAAGGGGGAGGAGCUGCAGCGCUGUAUGUUCUUCCUCUUCUCCGACAUCUUGCUGGUGACCAAGCCCUGCCACCCGCUCCACCCCUGGAAUGCACACAAGUUUGCCUGCCAGGCCGUUCUCCCACUCAGGCAGGGCACGGUGCAGAAAGUCUUCGGUCACACGCAGAGCCAAGGGGGGCUGCUCAGUGUCUCCUUCCCCCACACAACAUUGCUGCUGAUGUCGUGUAAUCAGGAGGACUUCCAUGAAUGGCACCAGACCCUGUCGACUGCUGUCAGGUCCACCACAUGUGGUAGUAUGACCUUAUAUCUUUUUUGCAUCGCCAGCAUUGAGGACUUAACCCUCCAUACAUCUUUGCCAAUGUUUUUGGGGGGUGAGAUGCCACCUGUAGAACAUUUUCAUGUUAUUUUCCUGCAGACUAUAACAAGCUGUGAACUUCACAUUCUCUGCCCAGAACUUCUCCCAUUGCUCCAUCUGAAUGUUGUAACCAAAGUCCUGGGCCCAUUUAAUCAUUACCACUUUAGUCUGCUCUUCUUUCGUUUCCCACUCCAGGAGGUAAUCAUAUAUCAAGGAAAUAUUCUUCUUUUUAAUCCCAAUUAAAUUCAUUUCAAAUUUAGAUGUUUCUGUUGCCAAUCCUUGCUUUAUAUCUGUUCCAAAUUUUUGAUUUAAUUGAAAAUAUUGUAGCCAAUCUGUUAGGCAUUUUUUAAUUUCCUCAUAUUUUUUCAACAUUGGUUUCCCUUCUUUAAUUUCUAAUACUUCUCUAUACGUAGGCCAACCAUUUCUCACAUUUUUUCUUUUCACCGCUAUAGCUUCCACCGGUGAUGUCCAAAGUGGAAUUUUGGGCUCUAAUAUGUCUUUAUAUUUUAUCCAAAUUUUAAACAAGGAUUUCCUUAUUAUAUGAUUUAAAAAAACCCUGUGUGCCUUGAUUUUCCCGUAUAUUAGAUAGGAGUGCCACCCAAAUCUUGGGUUAGGGUUAGUGGCAAGAAAGUGGAAGAGUGAGAUCUUACCCACAAUAACAGAGUGGCAAAUGCUAAUGCUUGAAUAUCUACAGCUGGCAAAACUAACUGACUCACUAAGGGGAUCAGCAACACAAAAAGUAUCGAAAGAAUGGAGUGUUUACAAAAAAUAUCUAAAAAUGUAGUACCCAAAUAAUUCCUUAUUAGCAGAUAUAGAAUAACGUUUAAAAAAGGCAAAGAUGAGAAUAGGUAAACUUAGGAAAAGAAAGUGGAAAAUCUGCAAUGCUGGCCCGUGGCACAGAAAGAACCUGAUAUUGUACAAUAAGGAGGACGCGAAGUACCUAAGAGGAAAGGGAAAAGGAAGAAAUGUAGGGAUGGUAUACUGUUCACAUUGUGAAUAAGAAUUUGUGUUUGAUUAUGUAUUCUUUGUAUAUUUUCUGUAUAUGUUCUAUGGAAAAGGAAGUCUUAUGUUAUGUUUACGUUAUAUCUAUGUUACGUUUAGUAAUUUUUUAAACAAUAAAGUCUAUAAAUUAAACAAAAGAAUAAAAAUAAGUUCCUGUUCUUAAGGAUGCCCUCCGCUUCUCUGCCAAGGGUUGGCUCUCUGUGUGGACCUGGGAUGGGACACAAUGCAGCCCAAGGUUUCUUAGGAGAUGGGAAGCUGCCCCUCCUCUCUCGACUUGCCUUCUG